AUGCUUCUGUGCCGUCCCGAGCGGUGUUUCACCUCUCCACCUGAAAAAAGUCAAGGUGACCGAGAUGUUGCAACUACAGCUUUCCCUGGUCCUUAUCCGAAGGUGAAGCGGAGCCACGCCAAUCGCCACCAUGGCACUACAAGAUGUGGGGGAACGAGCGCAUUAGAUGCCGCUGAACUAUCAAGGUUAUGUUUAACACUACCUGUGCUUAACGCUGAGGAACACCAUGCGGCGCGCAAAGAGAUAAAGCGGGUCCCAUUAGUGCCCGGGCGCAAAGGAUACAGUAGUGAUGCCGAAGAAAAGGCAAUAACUUACCUCCUGAACCAUUGUCGUUUCCCUACUGAAGACUGGUGGACAUCCUUGAGUCUUCUUGCUCGUUGGCGUGAACUACCUCAGCAAAAACUGUUAAAAGAAUCCCCUCUGGGCACAUCAGCAUUGUUCCCAAGACAUAUGUCAAUGGCUGCAAGUUCUCAGCUAAUGCGAUGUCUUUCCUAUACCAAGCAUGCGUGGGUAGAUGUGUUAACUCUGUACGAGACUACAACACGAAAUUCAGCGGUAUUAGGUGAAGUUCAUGACGUAAAAGAGGAUGAUAAGGGCAAAAGUUGCUGUAGUGAUGUCAGCCACCAAGCACUCCGCUGGAUGCGACAUGUGGCACUAACGUCGCUUUUAAGUAUUGGUCGGUGGAAAGAAUCCUUACAGUUUUAUCGUCAUAUGCUGUAUCAGCGCGAGAUGCCAAGUUAUAUUUGCACAGGUCAUUUGAUACAACGUCUUGGUGAGGUUGGACGGUGGGAACCGGUGUGUAACAUUUUCAGUAUCAGUCUUAAAAUUCUUAAGGACGCUCGGGAGCGUGCCCCAGCAAAAAAAUAUCCAGAAGUGGUUACAUAUUCCUCACAGCAAAUGAUGUCGCGGGGAACAACCUCGAAAAGGCGAAGUGAGUGGGGUACAAUGUUCUCUAUGGCUCUGGACGUUGUAUGUCGGUUAUGUCAUCAGCCUUACGUAGCCAAGUUAAUGUUUGAUCAGGCAUACAGUAUGAAUGGAAGUGGAGUAUUAUUUCAGUGGGAUGGCAAUUUCUUGUCAGCGGUUCAGGCGUUACAUUCAGAAAGGGAAAGGGCUGAUAUGCUGUGUCGUGCUCGCGCUGCUGGUCAGUUGGACUCCUUUAAACUUGUGCGCGGUCUUAACCAUCACCAAAAGUGGCUGGAUGCCAUAGCUAUAUUUGCUGAGGCUGUGGAAACAGGGCAAUUGACAAAGAGAGAAGUUGGGCAGUGUCGAUUGAAUAUUCUUCACGCUAGUAACGUGACUAAUAUUCAGGGGAUCGUGAGCCGUAUUCAAGAAAUCUGCAAACGCUCAGCGGAUUCACUACUACUAAAUGAUGCUGAGGUUGAGUGUGUUUUUUCAAAACAUUACAACUUUAAAACGUUCUCGAAUGCUUCAGUACCUAUGCGAGUAUAUACCGUGGUCCCUCAUUGGUUGUUUUGUCUCCGGCUUUUGUCGUACAACUAUCCGCGAUAUCUGCUCGAAGAUGACAAAGUACCAAGAACGGGGCAAAAACGCCUCCCCAACGCCCGUAUGAUGUCUCUACUUCUCCGUCACUCCAUGCCAUGGACUGUAGCUAUCCGUCUUCUUACUAUUGCUCUGAGGCUGGGCGAACAUUCAAACACAAAAGCAAUGGAAGCCACUUCCGAUUCGCCCAGUGCAGCUCUAAUGGUGAAUCACGUCGCGGAAAUUCUCUAUGCACAAGGGCAAAGAGCCCGUGCGAUAAGUUUGCUGGAUUCAGUUUCGCACAGGCAAUCGCUGUCUCCGUCCGCAAAAAUGCUCGAAUGCAUACCGCUGACAAUGUUGACGGCGGGCGGCAAAACUAAGGGAGGGACAGGACUAAAGGUUGACAACAAGGUUAUUUAUCAUUAUAUACAGACAACAACGAAUUGGAUGCGGGCGCUCUCUGUUAUCGAGGCCGUGGUAUAUCAACGAUCUUCUUCCACCAAUCCUCUCGCUUCUUUACCUGCCUCUGUGCAUUGCAGUGUUCUUCAGAUGCUGCAACGUUGCUCACUACGAAAUGCGUGGCUGCUUUCGUUUUUUUACUUCAAGUACUCAAUGUCUGCAGUGCGGUUAUUGGACAAAAAACAAGGGACAGUCCUGUGUCAUGAUCAACCGCACCUUCUGCAGAAGGAGGACCUACGUAAUACGGUUUACAGCGUCAUGUACGAAACCUUGCUGAAUAUUCUUAAAGCGCUGAUUGAUGAGUCCGACAAAUGUAAAGAGAAUGCGUGUUUCGAACUUGUUAGCGCUGUCAUGACAUUUUGCGGAGGGCGUGUUCCUGCGCAUAUGUUGCUUCCUAAUCAAAUGGAUCGCCUUCUUCCACGUGCAGCUGGUGCAUUCAACACAGUACAUAACGUGGAGCUGCGUGUGCGAAUAGGGUUGAAACUUGUGCAGAGUGUUAUUGAGCUUCUUUCGAAAGAGGUGAAGAAACAAAGGGGAAAUUGUCGUGAUAGCGACGUAUUGUCUCUUGCCGUCAUGUUCCACGGGUUGCAGAAGCUGUUAUGCCGGGGGACAGAACACAACCGGCGUAUCCGAUAUACCGAUGAGCUUUUACAACUCGGUUCCCCUCAACCGACACCCCACAUGGGAGGUAGAGGAACAAUAAUGCAGGGGAAGCCUACCACCUGCGGUGUGGAGGACAGUGUGCUGUGGCGGUAUUCCCUUGAGUUGCUUGCUUUGCAGUGCGAGUGGUGCGGAACGUGCACUAUGGCACCUGGAACAUUGAAACUUGUGUACCGCACGUGCGCUUAUUCCGGUGGCCAAUGGGGCGCUGCCCUACUCGCUACGCAAUAUAUCCUGAUGGAGCAACAACGAGAUACAGCGAUGAAGGGGCCGGUGGGACCGGAUAACUGUUCCCUUUAUUGUUCCCUGUUCGGUUGGGAAAAGGCACUCGGGUUUUGGUCCCUCCACUUCCCACAUCGUGCACUAAGUGAGGUGCUACCUUAUCCCAAGGGCGUAGACUACUGCAUGAGCGACACUGAGCGUUGA